AUGGCGACUCCCAAGUUCAGCACAAAGUCCCCUACGAUUCGUCGUAUACUCAAGGAAGCAGCUGAGUUAUCCAACUCCCCAUCCGCCGAUUACACUGCCGAGCCCCUCGAGUCCGACCUCUUCGAAUGGCACUUCACCCUCCGCGGCCCUCCCAACUCAGUCUACAGCAACGGCCUCUACCAUGGCCGCAUCGUCCUCCCUCCUACGUACCCUCUGCGACCCCCCAGCUUCCGCUUCAUGACACCUAGUGGUCGCUUCGAGGCCAAUCGAGAGAUCUGCCUGAGCAUCAGUGGCCAUCAUGAGGAGACGUGGCAGCCAGCCUGGGGAGUGCGAACAGCUCUCGUGGCGCUUCGAAGCUUCAUGGAAACCGACGCCCGUGGUCAACUAGGCGGCCUGGAGACAACCGACGCUGUGCGACAACGUCUCGCAGCAGAGUCGUCCUCGUUCAAAUGCGCAGCCUGCGGCAAGACAAACGGUGAAAUUAUCAAGGAGUGCGAGGAGAGAGCAAGCGAAGCAUCUUCCAGCGCCCAGGAGGUCGAGGUGCCAAAGGAGCUGAACAUGGGCUGGCGCGAUGAGAUGGAGGGCAAGAAGAAGACCGAGAACCAGGCCGACGAGGCAAAUGACGAUGCAGAGGCAGCAGAACUGGCUGAGGGAUUCGUUCAGACUGCACCUAUUGCCGCUGUCGACAACUCGACAUCCGAGAUCAACAACCCCACCCCAACCCGAACUACGGCCCCGAACCCCGCCCCCGUCCCGGCCGGCCCAGCACCCAACGCCGCGGCCCCCAUCCCCAGAGCGGCGGCGCCCGGUACACAGCGACAACAAAUACGGCGCGCAUCCGACGAUGGAGUCCCGGUCUGGCUUGACCGGACUAUUGUCGUCCUGGUGGUGCUUCUGGUAGCUCUCGUGCUCAAGAUCCUUUUUGCCCUGUAG